AUGAUUAGGACGAGACGCUGCUUCCUUAAAUCUAAAGAUUACCUUAAAUACUCCCAGCCUCUGAUAAACAUCAUUACUGGAGGAGUCUUGUUACCCUGCAAGAAGCCACCCAAUAAAAAGGUGUACAAUAAAGCAGAGAUUAAUAAACAAUCAAGUGUAUCAAUUAUAAAUGUUACGGGUAAAAGUGCCUUCGCUUUGCCCACUAUGGCUUUCUCAUUUCUCUGCCAUACGUCUGUUUUGCCCAUUUACUGUGAACUUAAAAGCCCGUCAAAGAGCAGGAUGCAAAAUGUCGCCAACCUGGGAAUUACUCUAAGUUUUGUCAUCUAUUUCAUUUCUGCCCUGUUUGGCUAUCUCACCUUUUACGACAAAGUGGGCUCUGAACUGCUGCAGACCUACAGCCAGUACCUACCUAAAGACAAUCUCAUUGUGACAGUCAGACUCUUCAUAUUGCUUGCUGUUCUCUUGACUGUCCCUCUCAUACACUUUCCUGCACGGAAAGCAUUCAUGCUGCUGUUUUUCUCCAGUUCAAGAAUUUCUUACUUGCGUCACAUUUUGGUAACAUUGGGACUAAAUAUAAUAAUUGUGGUGCUUGCGAUAUAUGUGCCGGACAUAAGCAACGUAUUCGGUGUGGUGGGAUCCACAACAUCAACCUGUCUCCUGUUUGUGUUUCCUGGGCUCUUCUAUGUCAAGCUAAGCACAGAGGAUUGUUUAUCACGUCAGAAGCUUGGGGCUCUUCUGCUGCUUAUUCUGGGUAUUUGUGUUGGUGCCUGUAGUUUAACGCUAAUUAUCGUGACUUGGGCUUACAAUAAAUGAGGGAUCCGUGCUGGAGUUUACACCUGAGAAGACUGAAGCAGACUACAGAGGGGGAGAGAUCACGUUACAGGAGAUAUUAGUGCACAAAUAAGGCUGUCUUCAUCCGGCCACCAGGAAAAAAAACAUACACUUCGCAGAAGAUAAAUAUUGUUUACAUAUGUGAUACUACAUCAGGUCGGUUUCUAGAACGUGUAAUUCUAGCAAGAACUAUAGUGACAUAAAAACCAAAAGAUCAAAGGUCUUCAAAGCUAUUAACAACCAAAGGUAUUAAAUGACUCCUCUUGUAUAGAAGCAACAGAAUUUAUUACAAAGAUAAAAGUGAGCUGCAUGUGCGUACUGGUUUAUGUAGUAUCGCGGGUGAUUAAAUAACCAGCUUUUGUUUCCACCGUCCCCCAAUAUCUGUACAGUAAAUGAUCUUUAUUAUAAAAAAUAAUCUUAAAAUUUAA